CCGAAAUGGCAGACACGGCCUUGGACUUGUCAUCUAAGCCUGGGGUUGAUCUAGACAGAACCUCCAAAUUCAUCAGCAGAACUUCCACUCAUUCUAACUCUGGGGGAUCAGGACGUAACUCCCCCGCAUCUUCAGUUCACUCGGACGGAAACGAAAGUGACAGUUCAAUAAAGAACAGUGUAUUCGGACAUGAUACAAGAGGCAGCAAUCCCCCGGUAAACUCACUCGGUGAAAAUUCAAACAGUACCUCUAUUAAAAGUGAGGAAGACGCUGGUACUCCGGACAAACUAAGUUCAUCUACUGUGUCGAGACCAUUUAAAAUGUACCCCAUGGAUCCCUUUUCAAUAUACAGCAUGGCGACUCCUACGCCUUCAUCGCCUCUCUCUCCUACGGUGACCUCCCCUGCAGCGCUAGGAGUUCCCCCUUCAGUGUACGAGAAUCCCGCAGGGUUCCCGGGUUUCCCGUUAGCUCCGUUGACUUCUCAUUUACUGCAACGAAAACGACGGUCUGAAUCUCGGCCGGAUGUGAUGGACCCAAAAAAGACAAAACCCGUCCCGGAGGAAAGAAAAGAUGAUGCUUAUUGGGAACGAAGAAGAAAAAAUAAUGAAGCUGCUAAACGCUCCAGGGACGCCAGGCGCCACAAGGAGGAAGAAAUCGCUAUGAGAGCGGCUUUUCUCGAACAAGAAAACCUCAAACUACGUGCUCAGGUGGCCAUUCUCAAAAACGAAACUGCAAAAUUACAUUACAUGCUCUAUAACCGAUUAUGAGAUUUUCUUGUUGUUGAUCUAUAACUUUACAAUUAUAUCAUAUAUUAUUUGUGGCAUUGAAGGUGCAAAAGAAAGACGAAAGUGCUAAAUUUUAU